UUCCGGCGUCAAUAAUGGAACGAAAAGCUACUUAUAAACAUGCCGCUGAAAGUGUGGAAUCCAUUCGAAAUAGGAGACGACACGAAGACAACGUGGUGAGAAAAGACAAGAGACAGCAGCUGCUGAAUUCCAAACGAUUCCGUCGCUGCUCUGCAGAAUACCCAGAAAUAUCCAGUGAACAGGUGAUCGAGGCCACCAAGGACCUCCAGAAGAAAGGGGACAACCGACACAGGAGUCUGCAGACCCUCCGUAGGUCCUUCGCUCAGGGCUCAGCCUUCAUUGAUGUCUUUCUCGGGGUAGACAACUCCCUACAGUGUCUGGUGGGGCUCCUGACAGGAAGUGAUGCUGACCUCCAACUCGAGGCUGCCUGGUGCCUCACCAACAUUGCAGCCGGCACCCACGAUCACGCCAUGGCUGUCACCAAGACCGCUGCACCCUAUCUCAUCACCUACCUUGGCAGUAGCAACCAUCUCCUAACUGACCAGUGUGCAUGGGCACUGGGAAACCUGGCGGGAGACAGCAAGCAGAUUAGGGAGAUCCUCCAGGCACAGGGAUGUGUCCUCCCGCUGGUCAAGCUGAUCGAGUCACCGACGCCUGACGUGGUGCAGUGUGCAGCCUUCGCUCUCUCCAACCUUGCUCGCGAAUCUGCUGACAUCACAAGGGAGAUUGUGAAGUGCGGUGUCAUCCACCCCCUGUCCCUGAGACUGAAGGAGGGCACAGACAACCACAGACUCGUCUCCGAGUUGGCCUGGAUGCUGACGUAUCUCACUGCCAGUGGAGAACACACAUCCGAAAUUGUGUCACAAGGCUGUCUGGUGCAGGUGGUAGAAUACCUCAACAAACUGUCCCAUGAACCUCGUCAAGAUGCACAGGCCAUGACUCCCCUACUGAGGACAUUGGGAAACAUCUGCAGUGGCCCUGACGAGAACACGAAGCUGGCGCUUGAGAACCCAUUCCUGCUGCCCGUCUUUGAGAAGUUCCUCGUCUCCCCUCACCGGCACAUCAUCAAGGAGACACUGUGGGUGCUCUCCAACAUGACCAGUGAUGAGAGUGUCUGUCGGUCUGUGGCCUUUGGACCCAUCCUGGCCCACAUCAUAGAGAGACUGUCGGAUGCCUAUGAUAUCAAAGUAGAGGCAGCCUACCUUCUGUGUAAUCUGGGAUGCCAUGGCGCCGACAUCUGCACAGAGCUGAUUCACAAGGGGGCAAUGCCACAGAUCGCCCUCCUGCUCAAGUCCCCCGAUGUGGAGAUGCUACACCUAGCCCUGUCCUUCUCAGAGAUGGCGCUGAGACAAGUAGAAGCGGCCAAGUUCCAGUUUGAGGAGAGUGACGGUGUUGCUCGGCUCGAGGGGCUGGAGUAUCAUGAGAAUGAGAUGAUCCGGCAGCAGGCUCACGACCUCCUGGACACGUACUUCAACAUCGGCGGAGAAGAAGAUGAAGAAACUGUCAUGUAACCAUGGUAACCGUGCCCGAAUGUGUAAGAAGGAGACCCUGUGUUGCUGCUGGCGGGGGAGGACGACGAUGUCAAAAUUGGAACAACUGUGGGAUGCAACUUGUUUCCACAAUAUCUGUGAGAUCAGUGCGCACAGCUGAAACAGUUCCAGCUGUAUAACAAGAAACUGUAACCAUGGAAACCAUGCCUGAAUGAUCUGAAGAGAGGAGGGACCUGGCUUAAUGCAGUAGACCUUGAAGCACUGGUGCUGGCUCUGUUGUCUGCUGGAAUUGGGUGUGCAGAGUUGCUUCCCUUUGGGGCACCAGAAACCUGGGUUCAAAUCUCGAUUUGCCCUGUUUCUAGGUUUGUCAGCACCAUACCCGUGCUCACGGAUUACACCGAAGUGGUAAACGUCUGAGACCUGCAUCACUUCAGCCUUUCCUCCCACAUUAAGCUGACACGCCGUGAUAUAACUGGAAUACUGUUAGAAGCGGCGUUAAACCAACUCACUCAGUCACCCGAGCCGCGUUAAACCAAAUUCACUCACACACCCAUCUUCCCGAAGCAAGGGAGUUAACUGACUAUAAAAGUCCAGUUUCCACCCUUAUGAAAUUGAGUUGGAAUUUUGGCUGGACUAAUGAGUCCAUGCAUAGUCAAAUUAAAAUCGUGUAACACAAAUCGAUAUCCGGUUUGUAAAUUGCUGUGCAGGUUCUGUCGAUUGCAAGAUUUGCAAAAUGUGUACCACCAAAUCGGCAUCAACAGACAUCUUGUCAAAUCAUGUUUUUAAUCAAGGUGCUCACGUUAUUUGAUGCGAUUUGCGAAGUAAAGACUCACUUCAUUACAAUAUAGAUCUUGACUAUCGAUCAGAUCGUCUUCACUGGGAGCCGCCUUUUGUUUGAAGCAAAUGCAAGUGAUAUGAGAGGUGGAAUCUGUUUGGUCAGUAGGAGGGAUAUAGAAUGGACGUCUUGUAAUAGCCACUAGUGGCACUACAAUUUAGCCCAGAAAUUCCAGCAUAGUUCGACAAGGAUGGUAACAGGACAUCUACAGUCAGUUAUCUCCCUUGCGUCAGCAAGAUGUCACACAUCAUUCUUUUAUUUUCUACACUCCAAUCCUGGCUGUAAAAAUAAUUGUUAGAUAAGACCUAUACUCAACCUGGUACAGUGAUGCUGAGAAUUAUGAAAUUGUGACUGAUUCUUCAGAACCAGCUCAAGUCAGGCAUUAUCAUGGUUAUAUUUCUCAUCCAUAAUUUCUCGCUUUCACCAAAGUCCUGUCAUUGAAUCAGUAACAAUGUGCAGCAUUUGUGGGUUGAAUUGCAUAAACAACACACACAACCACUGUACAAUAAGACAAUUAACAUGUUAUAUACCACAGUAUUGUUUGUUGUAAAUAUUUGUUGUGUACAUGUAAAGGUAUAUUUUCUAUAUGAUCCAGUUACUGUAGUCCACAUGAUUUGAUUAUCUAUCCCAUAAUGAUCGCUUCCCUUUGUAAUGAAGUAGAAAUUCAAACUGACAAAGAAAAUAAUUUCUGGAGUAAGAGUAUUCGGCGUCACGACAGUCAUCACUUGUUUGACAACGUAACGCUCAGUUGGUUGCGAGUUCAACUCCAUGCAUAGUUGUGGCCACCCACAGUGGGGAGCUUUGACGGGUGGCAGCGAUAGUAUAGAGAGCUUUGCGAACAGAUUAUCCCGUUGAGGAGCUUUGACGGGUGGCAGCGAUAGUAUGGAGAGCUCUGCGAACAGAUUAUCCCGUUGAGGAGCUUUGACGGGUGGCAGCGAUAGUAUAGAGAGCUCUGCGAACAGAUUAUCCCGUUGAGGAGCUUUGACGGGUGGCAGCGAUAGUAUAGAGAGCUUUGCCAACAGACUUUCCCGUUGAGGAGCUUUGACGGGUGGCAGCGAUAGUAUAGAGAGCUUUGCGAACAGACUAUCCCGUUGAGGAGCUUUGACGGGUGGCAGCGAUAGUAUAGAGAGCUUUGCGAACAGACCAGCACUGUGGGGAGCUUUGACAGGUGGCAGCGAUAGUAUAGAGAGCUUUGCGAACAGACUAUAACUGUGGGGAGCUUUGACGGGUGGCAGCGAUAGUAUAGAGAGCUUUGCCAACAGACUAUCCCGUUGAGGAGCUUUGACGGGUGGCAGCGAUAGUAUAGAGAGCUUUGCGAACAGACUAUCACUGUGGGGAGCUUUGACGGGUGGCAGCGAUAGUAUAGAGAGCUUUGCGAACAGAUUAUCCCGUUGAGGAGCUGUGGCAGCGAUAGUAUAGAGAGCUUUGCGAACAGACUAUCCCGUUGAGGAGCUUUGACGGGUGGCAGCGAUAGUAUGGAGAGCUUUGCGAACAGACUAUCCCGUUGAGGAGCUUUGACGGGUGGAAGCGAUAGUAUAGAGAGCUUUGCGAACAGACCAGCACUGUGGGGAGCUUUGACAGGUGGCAGCGAUAGUAUGGAGAGCUUUGCGAACAGACUAUAACUGUGGGGAGCUUUGACGGGUGGCAGCGAUAGUAUAGAGAGCUUUGCGAACAGACUAUCCCGUUGAGGAGCUUUGACAGGUGGCAGCAAUAGUAUAGAGAGCUUUGCGAACAGACUAUCACUGUGAGGAGCUUUGACAGGUGGCAGCGAUAGUAUAGAGAGCUUUGCGAACAGACUAUCCCGUUGAGGAGCUUUGAUGGGUGGCAGCGAUAGUAUAGAGAGCUCUGCGAACAGACUAUCCCUGUUAGGAGCUUUGACAGGUGGCAGCGAUAGUAUAGAGAGCUCUGCGAACAGACUAUCCCUGUUAGGAGCUUUGACGGGUGGCAGCGAUAGUAUAGAGAGCUCUGCGAACAGACUAUCACUGUGGGGAGCUUUGACGGGUGGCAGCGAUAGUAUAGAGAGCUCUGCGAACAGACUAUCACUGUGGGGAGCUUUGACGGGUGGCAGCGAUAGUAUAGAGAGCUUUGCGAACAGACUAUCACUGUGAGGAGCUUGGACGGGUGGCAGCGAUAGUAUAGAGAGCUUUGCGAACAGACUAUCCCUGUGAGGAGCUUUGACGGGUGGCAGCGAUAGUAUAGAGCUUUGCAAACAGACUAUCCCUGUGAGGAGCUUUGACGGGUGGCAGCGAUAGUAUAGAGCUUUGCAAACAGACUAUCCCUGUGAGGAGCUUUGACGGGUGGCAGCGAUAGUAUAGAGAGCUUUGCGAACAGACUAUCCCGUUGAGGAGCUUUGACGGGUGGCAGCGAUAGUAUAGAGCGCUUUGCGAACAGACUAUCCCUGUGAGGAGCUUUGAUGGGUGGCAGCGAUAGUAUAGAGAGCUCUGGGAACAGACUAUCCCUGUGAGGAGCUUUGACGGGUGGCAGCGAUAGUAUAGAGAGCUCUGCGAACAGGCUAUCACUGUGAGGAGCUUUGACGGGUGGCAGCGAUAGUAUAGAGAGCUCUGCGAACAGGCUAUCACUGUGGGGAGCUUGGAAAUUUAGGUAUCUCCCAUUUUCAGAGAUUGUGUUUAUCUCACCCUUUUUUUUUAUAGAUUAUGGCUUUCACCCACUUUUCUUGUGACUGGUUAUCUCCCACUUUUCUAUAGAUUGUGAUUAUCUCCCACUUUUCUAUAGAUUGAGAUUAUCUCUCCUUUUCCCAAGAUUGCAAUUAUCUCCCCUUUGCUUGACAUUCAUGUCAUAUCUUGUAUUGUGGUGAUGUUGUCCUCAGUGCUCAUCAGCUGUCAGUCUUGUUGCCUCACCAUGCUCACAGACUUGUGUUUACCACAGUUACAUGUUAGAAGCACUUUGACUUAGCCACCAUGUGCAUCAAACAACAAAUUAUCAUUUCUUUGGGCUGCUUUCCAUUGUAGUUUUGCUGAAAGGCUAACGAGAGCAUUUAACACUUACGCUUCAAACAUCAUUCACCACUUGCUGAAAACAGCAUUCAAAACUCUUACGUAAUACAACAUUCACCAGUGACAUAACACACCACAUACCAGUGACAUGAAACAACAUACUCUCAUAUACUGUUAAUCAUGCCCUAGUUUAUGUUCACAGGACUUGUGUCAUUCCAAAUGAACAAUUGGCAGGUGAUAACAUGGUUGUUGCUGUUUAACUGAUGUAAUUCAUCUGCGGAAGCUUGGAUGUAUUCCACAGCUGUGCUUGUAUCAAGUUUCUACACUCCCCAGAAGUGUGUCAACCCUGUGUCCUGUAUCAUGUCGACUGAUUCCUUGUCAGCUUGAUAACACUGAACAAAACCCUACAGCUUCCUAACAUACAGGGGUCAAGACAAGCUGUGGCAGCAAAUUAGUUCUAAAAAUACUUUCAUUCAUAACUUCCUCAUCUUGAAAAGAUCAUUUUCUUUCUAUAUAGGAAUGUGUGAGAAAAUGUGAAAUGUCCAGGGUCCGACCCGGACAGCAUGUGGUCUGCAUGUUGAUGUAUUGACUGCAAAGCUUAGAUACAUCCCAGUGUUUGCCACUAGGGGUGCCCAGAUAACUCCCUGUCUUAUUCUCUGGGGAAUGUCUGGAUAAAUCCAUGAGAAUGCCAAAAUAAAUACCCAUGUUAUGCUACUGGGAAUGUCAAGAUAAAUAAUUGGGAUAAGUUUUUGUGUUACCUCCCUGAGAAUAGGUACAUAAAUCUCUUACCAUGCUUAGACAAAUCCAUGGGAAUGCCUGGAUAAAUCUCUGGGAAUGUCGAGAUAAAUAAUUGGUAUAAAUUCUUGUGUUACAUCCCAGAAAAUAUAAAUCUCUUACCAUGCUUAGACAAAUCCGUGGGAAUUCCUGGAUGAGUCUCUGUUGAAUCUGUGAUUUAUGCGUCUACAAGAUAAUGUUCGAGUGAUGCACCAAUAGCAGACACCUGAUGUUCUCCCUGUGUUGUGUUGACACUCGUCUGAACAUCACCCUGCCAUGUUUGUGUAGAGGCCUGGUGUUCUCCCUGUGUUGUAUUGACUCUCGUCUGAACAUCACCCUGCCAUGUUUGUGUAGAGGCCUGGUGUUCUCCCUGUGUUGUGUUGACUCUUGUCUGAACAUCACCCUGCCAUGUUUGUGUAGAGGCCUGGUAUUCUCCCUGUGUUGUGUUGACACUGGUCUGAACAUCACCCUGCCAUGUUUGUGUAGACGCCUGAUGUUCUCCCUGUGUUGUGUUGACACUGGUCUGAACAUCACCCUGCCAUGUUUGUGUAGACACCUGGUGUUCUCCCUGUGUUGUGUUGACACUCGUCUGAACAUCACCCUGCCAUGUUUGUGUAGAGGCCUGGUGUUCUCCCUUUGUUGUGUUGACACUCGUCUGAACAUCACCCUGCCAUGUUUGUGUAGACACCUGGUGUUCUCCCUGUGUUGUGUUGACACUGGUCUGAACAUCACCCUGCCAUGUUUGUGUAGAGGCCUGGUGUUCUCCCUGUGUUGUGUUGACACUCGUCUGAACAUCACCCUGCCAUGUUUGUGUAGAGGCCUGAUGUUCUCCCUGUGUUGUGUUGACACUCGUCUGAACAUCACCCUGCCAUGUUUGUGUAGAGGCCUGGUGUUCUCCCUGUGUUGUGUUGACACUCGUCUGAACAUCACCCUGCCUGGUUACAAUCUUUGUGUUCAUCUUCUAGUAUCUGUACUUGUCCUCUGAAGUCACCUUUAUCGCUGCCACAAGUUUGAUUACAUUUUACCAUAUUUGAUGAAGUGUUUGGUCAAAAUUAUUUUGUUUUUUAUGCAUAUUUUGACAUCCUUUCAUUUUAAUGGACGAACAAAACUUUCCUGUUCGUUCUCUUUUGAAGUCAGUAUACAUGUAUUAUGAAAACAAUGUAGAGGCAUUUCAUAAAUAAAUCUAUCAAAUCAC